CUGAGAAAAUACUGCUUGUCGGUUCUUACAUAUUGCAUUGCACUCCCGGUGUCUUAAGGUUUAAGGUCUUUAUAAUUAAUUUGGGUAAGAAAAAGAGUUUAUUUGAUUUGAAUCGUCAAACGAAUUGUUUCUUUGAUUCAUAUUAGAGGAGUUUCUCUAUAUUACGUUUUUUCUUUGUAUGGAGGAAUCUUGUUUCUUUAUUUGAAGACUUUUAAUUCUUCAAGACUGACAUCAAACUGGACUGAAUCUUACUUUACAGCAUGCAUCGUGAUGACUGGUCACCGUGGCCCGGUGAGGCUCAGAGAAGAGAAGAGAAGAGGUCAGAGGCCAGACUGGCAGAGGGUCUGCAGAGACUUGACCAGGCUAAACAUUACCACCUCAACACACUGACCAGAGAACAGCGAAGACUAAACAGAGAUCUCAUCUCCAUCAAAACAGGUAAUCCUUGGAGAAGAGGACUCCAGAGUCUGGGGCUAAGAACCUCCAUCCAUGAUGUUCAUCACCCUGCUGUGUCCCACAAGAAGACCCUUUUACCAGUCAUCCCACUGGCUGGGAGGGAGACAGAUAGUCACAAGUCCAUGAAACCCCAGUCAGAAUCUUCUCUACAGGCUCGUGUUCAGGAGUUUAUCAGCAGUGGGGAGAACAGAGCAGAACACUCUACAGAGACACUCUGCCUCCCGAACAUUAAACGACAGACUGUCACCUCUCUAACCACUACAACCACAAAUGCAGAGAGAGAGGAAUGCAACAGGAGAGAGAGGAAUGGAGAACAGGAGAUGCAGAGAGACAGAGAGAGGGAGGGACAUACAGAGGAAAGGGAGAUAAUUAAGGACAGAGAAAAAAAAAAGGAGCGGAAAGUACUAAGGGAAAGAGAGAGAGAUAAUGAAAGAGAAAAUGAGAUAAAUGGGAAUAGGUGUCUCUCCUCUCCUGUUUCUUUCCCCUCUGAGAUGUUAGCUCCUGAUGGAUAUUUAAGAGCAGUUCACAUGUUACCAAACUUUCCUCAAGCCCUGGCUGAAGCACGUAAAGCAAGAUACAUCAGACACAGAGGACAACCGCUGUGUGAGCAGGUACUCACCAUCCGAGAAAUAUUUUCCCGAGAUACACCCAGUCUGUGAGAAACAAAAAACUUGACCUCAUGAAUUGGAUGAUGAAUUCAACUGGCUUUCCUGUGUUUAUGUAUUUCCUAUUGAAACAGUAAGCUGCACAAGUUGCAUGUGGUAUUAGGGUGAGGGACAUGAUCAUUCUAGAGAGCAUUUAUUGAAUAAAAAUUAGCAUACGCCUCUGUGAACAAGAUAUUUUUGGUCCAUUUCCCAGAAGAGAAAUUAUGUUUAAAAUAUCUACUGAAAGUUUAUUUUGUCAACUUUUAAGAGUACAUUAGCAUAUAGAUGGCCUCACAGCUAACAGACAUGGACUAAAAGCCACAAAACUUCGAUUUAUAUUUAUUUAGGUCUUUAAAACACAAGGAACUAUCCAUUAAGCCCGAGCACCUGACAAUAUUUAUGGAAAUACUGCUAUGUGCAUG